AUAAUAAUCAACAAAACAUUGCUAGCGGAAUCCUUCUUCGAUGAGAAUCGAUCCAUUUCAGCCAUCUUCGAGAGCUUUAGAGGGUGAAUUAGGGAGAAAUCUAUCCAGGAGAGAAUCGAUUUGAACUUGAUAUCAACCUUUAAUAGACGUUGGAAGACCUGGGAUCGGUCUGCGCGUUGAGUCUCGAAGCAUCUGCGAUAUUUACCCUUCGGGAAGAGGAAUACCUGCUCCAAGUCACCUAAUUCUUGGCAUAGUCGCUUCAAACAACUUGCUAAAGCAUCGAUUCGAAUUGGACAGACAGAGAUCUGCUUCCUUCAGCGACCCAUCCACUUUUUGACAACACAGCACACAGCAACGCACAUUCGCGGAACAAAAUCAUAAUUGGGAGUCAUUGGCGUUAAUUGGGAACUUGAUUGGGUUGUUUGCAUUUCGGCAAAGUUUGAAGAUUUCUAAGGCUCAGGGGCGUUCAGGACCCGUAACAUUCACUGCGAGAAUCUGGAUUCACCACACACAAGAAUUAAGCAGCAUAUCCCAAGUUUUACCUCGUCUGAAGCCGUGUACCAUCUCCGAAAUGACCUGAAGUUCAGAUACACUGUCUUGAUCGCAUAUUCAACAAGCGCAAGACGCUAGCCCUGGAAGACCGAACGCCGAGUGCGGAAGCUGUAUCACUCUAGAGUGGAAUUAUUAAGAAAGGAGAGGAAGAAACCGGAGCAGUGCGGUCUGUUUAUAUGAUAGCCACAAUGCCGACAAUUAAUGUCGUACCAAACUCUGCUGCAGAAUUACAGGAGAUUGCAGACAUCCUUGCUAAAUCUAGGAAAGUUGUGGUCGUGACAGGAGCCGGUAUUAGCACGAAUGUCGGAAUUCCCGUAAGUGGACAGCAAUCUAUUCACUGCCACUCGCUCAAUUGCUUACUCCCAUAGUAGGAUUUUCGUUCAGAAAACGGACUUUAUUCCAUGAUUCAAGCCCAGUUUGAUGCUGCACUUGAGAAUCCUCCGUGGGAAAUUAAUGAUUAUGAUAUUGAUGAUCGACCAAAAAAGAAGAGACGUGUGACAGAGCGCUAUUACUACGAACUUGUGACAGCUGAUGGCGUGAGGGUAGAACAGCCUCCCGAGGAAUCUCCUGGAUUGACCUCCGAGCAACCUUCUCAGCUACCUUCAAAAGAAUCUUCGGUACACACAGAAGCGCCUGCUCCAGCUUCAUCUCGAAGAAGUUCUCGUAGAAAUGUAUCUCAGGCACAGGAUAAUAUCAAGAAUGAAUCUCCGAGACUGAGUAGGAAGAAUCAAAGCACUCGAGCUCCGGUAUCUUCCUCAGAAUUGAAGGAUUCUAUCAAUAAAUCGCCUAUACCAACUCCGAGGUGUCAAAUUUCUCGAGCUCCCAACGGUUCUUUCGCACGGGACAAUUCUUCCAAAGAGUCCCCGAAACUAAAUUCGAAGGUUCAAACUGCUGAUAUUCAGCAUGCCUCUCUCGCACAGGACGGUUCUAUCAAUAAGUCGCCUACAUCACCUUCGAAAAGUCAAAGUUCUCGACUUCAGAUUGCUCCCUUAACACAAAAUGAUACCAAAGAUGAGUCACCAAAGCCAAACGCCAAAGGUACGCUUUCUCGAGGUCGUCUCACUCGCGCUUGUAAUCGAUGCCGAGUCCGGAAGAUAAAAUGUGGUGAAUUCCAACCAUGUUGUGAGCCAUGUUCCAAAGCAGGAGCUAAAUGCAUCAGGACAGAAUAUAAACGGCGUGCAUCGUGCAAUGUGUAUACUACAUCUCAGGAAGAAAUAAGUCCCGCAUUAGAGAUGGAGCCUGAUUCAGAAAGUUUGGACAUGGAAGAAAAAGUAUCGCAACAAUUAUUACAAGAAUCGAGUGAAUAUUCUUUUCAACAUUCGUGCGAAAAUUCUCGGUUGCCUGAGGAUGUGGAUAGAAUUGAGAGUAAACAAGUACGCACUCGACGUUCACUUCGAGCAAAUUCUCCCUCAUCUUUUGCAAAAGAAGAAAGCUCUAUCGCAACACAAAUUCGUUCCGAUUCUUCCAUAUCAAAUUCACUUCGGCGUGAAAGUAGUCUUCGGUCAACAAUUCAAGCCUCAAUCACCAACGAGGAAUCUGCUCCUUCCAAACAACAAAACCUCCAGAGAUCUUCAUCACUGAUAUCCUCUAUCGACAAUUCAAUUAUUGAAAGCAAAUCUCCACGUCAAUCAAAGAGAUCACGAGGUGACAGUUUACCGCCACAACUUCAGCUUACGCAAGAAUGCUCCUCACUUUCCACAAGAUCUUCUCGACGAAAUACUCCCGCGUUUGAACUUCCCAACAGUAAAUUGUCUUCCACCACAAAUACAGAAAGCGCAUCCACAGCCAGCAGCUCUACACCUUCAAUUUCGUCAAGCGAAUGUAGUAGCAGCAACAAACGCAACUUUUUGAGCGAAGUCAGUUCCAUCACGGCUGCUUCCGAAUCUGAAGAGCCUCCUUCACAAUCAUCUCAAUCCUCCUCAUCACGUACAUUACCAAAUCUUAAAGGAAAAGAUCUGUUUGAUUCAGUCAUUUGGUCUGAUCCCUUCUCGACCUCAGUAUUUUACAUGUUUAUUUCCAAUUUUCGUCGAAGAAUUUAUAACGAUGUCAAGUCUACCACCACCACUCACCAAUUUAUCCGUGCUCUCAGAGACAACGGUCGCCUCGUCCGGAAUUACACACAGAAUAUCGACUGUCUCGAAGAACGUGAAGGCCUUACUACGGAUCUCGAACUUGGCGCGGGUGAUCGUACGCGUUUUCAAUCCAAAGUCCAAGGAAAAUCAGUUCCAGCUGGAGAAGAACGAGGAGGAAAAGACGCCUCUGUUGCAACUGGAGUAGAGUGUGUUUUAUUGCAUGGCUCACUCCGUAGGUUGCGAUGUGGGGUGUGCUCAAAACUCACCAGCUGGGAUGAGGAAGAUAGAGAAUCUACUACAAUGGCUGGGUCUGCUCCUGACUGCCCUUCUUGUAUUUCAAGCUCAAUAUCGCGUCAAGAUAAGGGUCGUAGAGGCUUGGCUGUUGGUAGACUGAGACCUGAUAUUGUUCUUUACGGAGAAGAACAUCCACACGCAAAUCUAGUAGGGCCAUUGAUCAUUCACGAUUUAAAAUUGAGUCCAGAUGUUCUUCUCAUUCUUGGCACUAGUUUACGAGUUCAUGGUCUCAAAGUUAUGGUCAAAGAAUUUGCACAAGCUGUUCAUGCUAGAGGGGGAAGCGUUAUCUUUGUCAACCAAACGAAACCUCCCGAGAGUCAAUGGGGUGAUGUGAUUGAUUACUGGGUAGAAUGGGAUUGUGAUGCCUGGGUGCUGGAUCUGAAGAAAAGAAGAAGCGAUAUCUGGCUGCCAUAUACAAAUGCGACACAGAACGUUGCCAGCAAAGAUCCUGCACCAUCCAAACAGCGUAAUCCGUCCGAUAAAACGCCAGCAUACCGACCACAGUGUAAGAGAGACGACAAAACGAAUGCAGUUCAUUUCACAUUUAAGAUUCUCGACGAUCUUCGUAAGCUCAAGGAUGCUGAAGGAAAUGAGUCAGAGCGUCCAAUGUACUGGGUGCCUUUCGAUCGUAAAGCAUUUAGGGCGUUUACUGGACAAAUAACAGAGCAGAAGUCAAUCAAAAAGUCUGGAGUAUCGAAAUUACCCAUUAGGAAAGGUUGCAAAUCUCUUCCAGCCUCAUCACACACCAAACCACAGUCAGCUGCCACGACCAGCAAAUCCAAAAGACAGCAAACUAUCCCCGAAAAUAACCCUGUCGCUAAGACGCCUUCAACAGAACCACAUAGAAGUGGUACAUGGCUUGAAGAUCUCCUUCUCAAAAGUGUCCGCAGAAUAACUAAUAACACACUUUCUGAAAGCCUUUUAGAUAACCUACGAGCCAGAGUGCCUUUUGAAAGACUUGCCGAAAACGUGCCAGGCAAUAGCAUUGGAUACAAAAGAUCCUUUGACGAUAUCGGAGUAGAUGGUGCGCCAGAUGGUGUUGGCUUGCCAAAUUUGAGAGGGCUGCAACAUUCUAAAAUUAGUAUUAAGGGAAUGAGCUUGAGUAGUUUACCACCAACAGGUUCUCCAGAAUCCGGGAGGAAAGAUAAGGGAAAGGGGAAGAUGGUUGAGAGGGCUAGUUCGCCGUUGGACCCGGAUCAAAAUACUAUUGUUGUGCAGCCAAGACAAGUAAUGAAGCAUUCAUAUGGGACGAGAAGUAAAAGGGGUAGUCGGAUAAUUGUGGAUGAGGAACAGUAUGCACGAGAUGUGGAUGCGAGUUCUGGAGAUACAAUUGUUGUUAGGGAUAGAAUGAGUAUUGGGGCAGUUUGUAAUGAUAGAUAAAUGAGUAAAUGAAGAGGAUUAGGUGGAGUUGUUAGUUGCUGGGCUAGAAUUGCGGUUACAUAACUAGCUACUAUGGGCUUGAAGAUAGAUUGUUUCUUGUGAAAUGAAAAUAGAAUACAAUACAAUACCAUGAAGCGAGCACCCUUUACCAAAAUUGGAUGAGUAUAGAUUUGUUUAAUACGCUACAAUCAACAU